GGCCUGAAUCCCUGUAACACGAAACCAUGCAUCAAUUGAUAGGUCAUCGGCGCCUUCUCGCUCAUCGGUAUCAUCUUCGUCCCCAUAGGCCUCGCGUCGCUUUCAGCGUCGCAGGAGGUAAAAAAAAAAUCCAGACAAGCGCAGUUGCACUACUAGCACAUGAUAUGCAUUUCAUGUGCAAAAGUUAGUAUGAAUGCACAUCUUUACCGUUCCCUAACCUGACACUAUUGCAAAAUACAGAUUGUUGAACUGAUAGAUCGAUAUGACGAGGAGUGCGUUACCGCCAGCGAUAAGGUAGGGUUCAUCCAGGACUCCAAGGUCGACAAGGCGUGCACCAGAAAGAUUACGGUGCCCAAGCCUAUGAAAGGCCCGAUACACGUCUACUACCAGCUGGAGAACUACUACCAGAACCACCGGCGGUACGUCAAGAGCCGGAGCGACCAGCAGCUGCGCGACAAGGACUACAAGGACACCAGCGCCGUCACCAAGAGCUGCGACCCGGAGGCUACCACCGGCGACGGCUCCCUCAUCGUGCCAUGCGGGCUCAUCGCCUGGAGCCUCUUCAACGACACCUACGCCUUCUCCGUCAACAAGAAGUCGGUGACGGUGAACAAGAAGGACAUCGCCUGGCCCAGCGACAAGAACAGCAAGUUCGGAAGCAACGUCUUCCCCGUCAACUUUCAGAAGGGCGGCCUCAUCGGCGGCGGCAACCUCAACGACAAACUACCUCUGAGCGAGCAGGAGGACCUGAUCGUGUGGAUGCGGACGGCGGCGCUGCCGACGUUCCGGAAGCUGUACGGGAGGAUCGAGGCGGACAUCAUGGCGAGCGACGAGAUCACGGUGGUGAUCCAGAACAACUACAACACGUACAGCUUCGGGGGCAGCAAGGCGGUGGUGCUGUCGACGGCGUCGUGGAUGGGCGGGAAGAACAACUUCAUCGGCGUCGCCUACGUGGCCGUCGGCGGCAUCUGCCUCCUCCUCGCCAUGGGCUUCGUCGUCCUCUACGUCGUCAAGCCCCGGUACAUGUUAUUCUCAAACAAAUGCAUCAUGUGGAGAUCAUUCAUUGUAAAGCAGCAAAUCAAUGUGUGGAUGGAUUUUCUUCAGGACCCUCGGAGACCCCGCGUACCUGUCGUGGAACAAGGAGUCCGCCGAGUACUCGCACUGAAUGGGACGCUGAAUUUACAAGGCCCGUUUUGUAGAUGCAGAUGCAGGCAGUAGGGAUAAAACGUUCACGUUUCAGUAGCUGCUGUGCUCUUUGGUUGUUGUAUUAGCUGGGUUUGGUAGUUGAUACAGGCAACGUUGUUUUCUAAUUCACCUUCCUGAGCAUAUUCUGAUGAUGCAUGCUCUGAGGAUGCGGUUUCUGGCUCUUCCAGAUCAUGAUCAGCCUGCGCGAGAUGAUCUAGGAUAUCUAGGUGCGGCUCAGCUUUUCUUUCUGUUCAGUAGCUGUAAAACACAUUAUGAUUUCCGAUAUAUGAAAUCGGAGAGAGAGCUCUGUUUUUUCUUUUCAAAAAGGAAAAAAUAUGCACCAGGGAUGCGUAUGCCUGUUAGAGCAUCUCUAGUAGAACCCUCAAACCCUUAAAUGUAAAAUUAGUUUUAAGG